GCAUUUCGUGGUGCGGGUGCACUGAGUGCGGGUGUGUGUUUAUUUUUGUUAAUAUUAGUUUUAAUAAAAGUAACAGUGAUCAAAAUGAAUACACUAAUGACAAGGAUUAUUGACAGGACAACUAUUAGAAAUGCAGUUCUAAAGCUUUCAUCAUUAUCAUCUUCAUCUGCUGCUUCUUCAGCAAAGAAAAAAAUUGAGAUUCAAAUUCCAACAAGAAUAGAACGAGGGCCAACGGAUAUACUAAAGGCCUUAGAUUCCACCAUUCAGCGUGAUACAAAUAGUGCUGAAUACAAAUAUAUAGAUGAUCCUUAUUUGAUUCCAACGUCACUUUCAAAAAAGAGAACCUUUUCUCUUGCUAAGGAAUCAGGCAAAAAAGCUGCAAUGUGGGUACUUGAAGAACAUGCUGAUCUUUUGAAAAGCAAUCUUUCAGAACCUUUAGUAAAGGCAUUUUUACCUCCAGAAAAAUUUAUGAAUAAAAAUGAAGUAACAGAAGAUACUAUUUACGAAUUAAUAAAUCAAGGUCAAUUUUCUCAAGCUUACAAAGUUUAUACCAUGCUGGAAAAUGAUGUUUCAAAGCAAACAAAGCAAGCUAUUUUGGAAUUAUUGUGUUUUUACAACAGUAAAUUGGAUCAGAUUCCAGAAAAAUUUUUGGAAGAAAGAUCAUACCAAGUGGAAGAUGGUAAACGACAUUCUAAGUGGAAGAGUUCUCCAGAAGUAGAAAAACUAUUUGCAGAACUGUCCCAAGACAAAGCAACAGUUUCUGCUGCAUACAAUGCUGUUAUCUGUGGAACAGCUAAGUACAUGAAGUUUGACGUAGCAUAUAAUUAUUACGAUAAGUGUUUAGUUGAUAAUAUACCUCUGUCUGUCACAUCUUUCAACUACAUAAUGCAAUUAGUUCCUUUAUUGAAAGAUAGUACUGAUACUCGAAAAAUUUUAAUUCAAAGUAUUCUAAAUACUAUGAUGAAGAGAAAUGUUAUGCCAAAUCUACAAACGUUAAAUGCUGCUUUAUACAGUAUAUCAGUUAUUCAAUCUCAAGAGGCAGCAAAACAAUUAGCUAAAGAGCUACUGGCAGAAUUUAAAUUGAUUGGAAUAAAACCUAGUCUUGGAAGUUAUUAUUAUCUUUUACAAAUUUUUUAUCGUCCAAGUGGCCCAGGUAGUUCCAUAUUACUUGAAAUUUUGGCAGAAUUAGAAAAAAAAGAAGAAUUAGAAAUUAGAGAUGUUGCUGACAUAAAUUUCUUUGUUCAUGCAAUGGAAGUAGCAUUACAACAUAUGCACGAUCUAGAUGCUGGUCAUCGUCUUCACAAGCUUUUAGUGACUAAAAAUAAUUACAGAUUAAUUGGAGGAAGAUUGAAAGAAAGUGUUUACUACCGUAAUUAUUUACUGCUUAUUUUAUCAAGCAUGUCAUUUGACGAGUUUAUGGGAAUUUAUAAUCGUCUCGUGCCACACAUUUAUAUUCCUGAACCAGGAGUAAUGAGAGAAAUCCUUGAGAUGUUAGAAAUCAAUGGAAAAGACAUAGCCAUGGAAUUUCUACCCAAAUUCUUAUCACAAAUUAUACAAUUCGAUAUGUUAGAUCGACAUAUGAUUAUGAAAGUAGCUUUCAAGCUUAUGUGUAGUCACAAAAUUAUUCCAGAAAAUUAUCCAAACCUACAACAGCAGUAUGCAAACUUUGCUUGGACGCUAUGGACUCACAUUGAAGAAGUAAGUACAUACAGAUUACAGCGACAACUAUGGCCAGCAGAUAUAUUUGGAUACAUGGCAGUUCUAUUGCUUCGUAAUAACGAGUUUGAGAAGAUGCUGAAGGUUCUGAAUUUUCUUGCUGAAUCACGAGAUGGUGUAAUUGGUACUAUACAAAGUAAAUUAUUGGAAGAAAUAUUCGAAUGUUGCAUCGUUCGGGGUCACGUAAUAGGAGCACUGGACGCGGUGAAAUACGCUGAAAAUUUCGGGAUAUUGGACGUCAAUUCAAUGGUUGAAACUAUCAAAAAGAGUUUACCUAUGAGUCAAAGUCAGGAAAAACAACUGAUUAAUAUAGUGGGAGCUGGAAAAUAAUUUGUGGGCAAAGUUGCAAACGAAUUACUGCAUUAUAGAAAGUCGUGAAAUUUUGUAAAAAUAUAUUAUUUGUAAACAAACAAUUAACUAUGUAACAAUCAUAUAUAAUGCAGUUAUUCGAGCACAAAACAAACAUUCUUUUUAUAUAAACUGUACCGUAUAAUCGUUGAUAGUUUUUCACUUCGUCAAAUCAUGUAAAUACAACAUAGCACUUAAAUUGUUACCUACGUUUAGUUAAUUACAUAUAAAAAGAACACGAAAUAAACUACGCAAAAAUUUACAAUUCGUAAUAUGUAGAGUACUUUAU